CAAAUUAUUUUUUUUCGAUUUUCUUGCGCACUAUGGGACGCGUCAAAGGUGCCGCAGUUUUGGCAGUUGGUGGAGGACUCUGUCUUGCUCCAAGUUUCGUUCCUCUCUUGUCAAGCUCCUCUGAAGUUCGAGCUGGUGGGCAUGUUGGGCCAGAGCCGCAGACAUCCUUCAUGGCAGCUGGCCCUCGCAGUCCAGGUGCAGGCAUGCCCGUGGCCCUUGUUGGCACAGCGGCCCUGCUGGCAGUCAGAAGCACACGGAUGGUUCGGAGAGCGAAAAAAGAGAAGGAACCAGCCAGUGCUGCGGAGGAGGCGGAAAAGGUGGAAGCAGCACCCAAAGAGAGUGUAGCUGACAAGGCAGCAAAGGCAAGUGGGACUGACAGCGCAGAGGCCAGUGCAAGUGGCAGCGCAGAGGUGGAUACAACUGAAAGUCCUCCCGAGCCAGAAGAAACGAAGCCCACAGGCUUUAAAGGGGCAGUCGGUGCGUUGCCACCUCUUGGCUUUUGGGACCCUGCGAAGCUUUGCAAAAGUGAAGAAGACUUUAGGAAGUUUCGAGUUGCAGAAUUGAAGCACGGCCGAGUCGCUAUGAUGGCUGCUCUCGGUGCUGUUGUGCAACACUUUAUUACCUUCCCAGGGUUCGAUGACGUUCCCCGGGGCAUGGACGCGUUGACUGAUGGCACCGGUCUUUUCGGCUUCCUCCUGCUUGUCGCUGGAUCAGGAUACUUGGAGCUGGAGCAAUGGGAUCAGAAAGCAGAUGCAGAGCCUGGAAACUUCGGUGAUCCUCUUGGCCUUGCUGAGAAGAAGAUCGGAGGGUACGAUGAUGAGUGGCGAAACAAGGAGCUGAACAACGGCCGCUUUGCAAUGUUCGCAGCAAUGGGCAUCAUUCUUGCGGAGAACGAGACAGGUUUGGACGCAGUAGAGCAGAUCUUUGGAAUCUGAGGGCCUAGAUUUUUAACGGCGCGCGGCCUGCCAAAGAGGCCUCCGAGACAUCUCUAGACCAAGAUCAGCCUGAGUCUCCAAACACAAAAUUUGUAGAACAAUGCGAGAGAUACGAAAGCAUCAAAGCACAUUCUCCGAGUGAGAAAAGAUCAGACAUGUUUUGUAAAUCAGAAAGAUUUGGUUUGUUCACUUCCGAGUCUGCGGAGAAGAUGGACGUGGACAUACGUGGACCAUGUUUUCUGGUUCGAAAAA